UCAAUUCGUUCCGUUCGGUGGCGAGGCCAAGCGGAUAGAUACCCUCUCGAUUUGGGUUUCAUCGCAGCGCUAGACCCCGCGUUGGCAGAGAAUAUUACGGAGCCCGUGAUUGAUUUCUGGGUCGAUUUUGUGAGCAUUUUUUUGUGGCAGCAUCCGUUCUUUUGCACAGAGCCUUUCUCGCAGACCCACCUUCGCGCCAUGACGUGCAUGCAGGUCUCCUCGUUGAGGUCGCCUCCGUGGUCGCAAGCUGGGUCCCCGCAGACUUCUCUUCCCCGAACAGGAACGCAAUGUAGGUUCCGAACAGGUUCUUUUGCCGCGGAGAAUCCUAACGCUUUGAAAUUGAUCGGAUGUGGGGUUGGUCUUCGAGGUGGUCGUCUCAUCAGUCGCGUCCACGCCAGGGAGAAGAAAUUGGGUUCAUCGGGGGUUGUGAAUGCCGAGCUCGGAUCUCCCCAAUCUGUGGCUGGUAUCGUGAAUACUGUGAAGUUGGCUUUAACAUCGUCACCACCAAGCUGGGAAUCUGCAACCAUAGCCACAACCACAAUCUUCCUAGCCGGUGCCCCAGUAUUGUUGGCAGGCCUCUCGUUAUCAGGAUAUGCUUGUGCAUACGCUUUGGGACUCCUGACCUGGCGAGCUUUCGGAUGGCGAGGGACUUUAAUUGUUUCUUUAUACUUCGUUCUUGGAACAAUUGCUACGAAAGUAAAGAUCAAACAGAAAGAAGCUGCUGGGAUUGCCGAGAAGAAGAGUGGAAGGAGGGGCCCAGGAAGUGUAUUUGGGUCCUGGACCGCUGGUGCAGUAUGUGCUGCCGCCACCAUAGCUGCAGUGGGACGUGUUGACGCGAAUGUAUUAUGGCGCUUGGGUUUCCUGGCCAGUUUUUGCACAAAGCUUAGUGACACCAUCUCCAGCGAGAUCGGCAAGGCUUACGGAAAAACCACGUAUCUGGUGACGACCUUUUCUGUUGUUCCAAGGGGAACGGAAGGAGCAAUCAGCUUAGAAGGGACAAUUGCUGGCUUGAUAGCCUCAGUUAUAUUAGCAGCGGUUGCGUACUCUAUCAAUCUGACGGAUCAAUUUGGUGCUGUCAUUUGUGUGUUGGCUGCACAAGUGGCAAAUUUUUGCGAAAGUUACAUUGGUGCUGCCUUGCAAGGGCGUGAAGGCUUCAAAUGGAUUACUAACGACAUUGCGAACGUUGCCAACAUCACAAUAGGAGCAGUUUUGGCAGCCGCUAUUAAAAGCCUAACUGGCUAAAAUGCCCGAGCAAAGAAGUCAGUUCUGUUCUCUUGCUACCACUGCGGAAAAUCACAUGAAUUUGUAUGUGCUCAAGGAAAUUGUUUUUCAUAGUUUUUUCAAUCUUUCAAACUCAUUUUAACAUGGAAGUUCUGUUAGUUUUUAGUAGUUCCGUUCUUGUGUCUAACAUACUGGUAUGGCUAGUCUCAAUACAUUCUUAUGUAUUUUGCAGAAAGCUCUAUGGGUAGCAAAACGAACCUACUCCACAUUAUGCAUCAAUAUUUAGUCAGUACUGAUCCUCCUAAUUAGCCGACAGUAGAAUUGUAGAUGCGGAACUAAAAUCUGGCUGAGAGGAUGCAUAUGAAUGUAGCAUAUUUCACAUUCAUUAGAUGGUUUGCGUGCUAGGAACUAGGCGAAUCUGACUUCCUGCGAUGAUUUCUCAGAAAUAAUUUGAAGGUCUGAGAUCUUGUUUAUUUUCUUUUAACUUUUACAUUGGUAUCUUGCUUUCUUGCAAUUGAUGUUUUGUGGGUAGAGCAUUCACCCACAUUCCCACGAAAA